UGGCGUUUGGGCUAAGCUAGCUUACGCCUUGGGCGAAAACAGAAAAAACAGAAGCAACCGAAUCCGUCGCCAGCGAGCGAGAGAGAGAGACACACCAGGUUUCUCUUGUCCGAUAAUCGCUGAGUGAGAGAGCCCGUUUCAGUGCUUUACAAUUUAAAUUAAAUUAAUAUAUGAAUAUUAUUUAAAAACUUCCUCUAAACGUAAAUAAGAGUCUCUCCCUCUCUCUCUCUAUCUCUCUCUCUCUCUCUCUCUCGAACUUUGAUCUCUUUCUCCGUGGAGAUUGAGCUCGCUCCCGGCAUGGUCAUGGCGUUUCUUCUUCCGCUUCUCACCUAAGGUCCUCUCCUUUUCCGGCUUUUCUUCAACUCAUACAUAAAUGGCCUUGGUCUUCAGAUGCUUGAUUUCUGCGCAUGGAAACUCGUGUAUUUGUGUGCAUGUUUGGAAGACCGUUUCAUCUGGAUUUCUGCGCACGGAAACUCAUGUAUUUGUGUACAUGGCCUUGGUCUUCAGAUGCUUGAUGAGAAUUUUUCAUCUGGAUUCGGACACUGAGAAUUCAAUCCUUGGGUUCUUUCCGGCAUUGUGCUAACGUUUAGCAAUGGAUGACAAUGGUAGCAGCAAAUUGGUUGGAAUCAGGCAGAUUGUUAGGUUGAAGGAAAUCCUCCAGAAGUGGCAAUCUGUAACACUUGGCUCAAGGCCGAGCAGUCCUCCACCAGAUGCACCUGAUCAAAAUCAUGGAGGUGGUAUUUCGCCGGCAAUUAAUAAAAGGCUAACAAAUGUCAUAAGUUGUGAUUCAGACGAGGAUAGUUGCCACAGCCCUGAUCCGCCAACCGAUGUCCCCAAAGGCUAUUUGGCAGUUUAUGUUGGGCCAGAGCUUCGGAGAUUCAUCAUUCCAACUAGCUAUCUUAGCCACUCCUUGUUCAAAGUGUUGCUGGAAAAAGUUGAGGAGGAGUUUGGCUUUGAUCAUAGUGGCGGGCUCACAAUCCCAUGUGAGAUUGAGACCUUCAAAUUCCUUCUAAAGUGCAUGGAGAACCAUAAUAAGGCUCACCCUGACGAAAGCUCUGCUGGAGAUUCAUUACCUGUCGAAGAGUAAGGAAUCACAGUGAUCUUUCUAAUUCACCUGUUUUAGGACUGAUUUUCUGGUGUUAACGAAGGUCUCUUUUUUCUUUUCUUUUCUUUGUGUAAGUGACCAAUAUAGGAAGAUUCAGUUAGAAAGUUUUCAGAUGGAUUGAGUCAGGAUUUGUUGCUAGAGAGGGGAUGUGUGAUCUUUAUAUUCUGUAUGAUGGGAUGUGACCUAAACCUGAUGUUUGAUGGAAUAUGAAACAUAUUAAUUAA